GGUUACUGACAACACCUUCCCAUUGUAGGGAGGCGCAUUCACACCGGCGGAAUCCAUUCUACAUGCCGACACCUGAUCCCGCCGCAAGUCGAAAAUGGCGGUGGACACACAGUGGCCGGAGUCGACUGACCUGCUGACCACAGUUUACAGUCAAAACUGGCCUGCCCCCCAUCCGAGGGCCAACAAGAAAGGCUUCCAAGGGCAUGUCAAGAGACCGAAGUCGGCGGCGGCGGACUGGAAGCCUCCCGCCCGGCUGGAGCAGCGGGCGGCCCGGCAGACCACACGGCCGACGUGGGACCUGGACCAGAACACCCUGUCGUGGCAGGCGUGGACCAGAAAGACCUCGCCCCUGGAUCAGGACUCCGACGACGACGGAUUUGACCCUUCCCUGUAUAAAAUCACCCAGGAGACGCUGCGGAGACUGUCGGAGCAGGUGCGGGAGGUGCAGCUCAGCAUCGGCGGCAGGAGCAGGCACGGCAAGCGGGGAAGCCGAGGUGGGGACCAGCACCGCCUGGCCAGGCCGCCGACUCCCUCCAGCCUCAGCAUGCGGGCCUUCCGAACGCCGACGCCGAACAGACCCGAGGUGGUGCCCGACGCCUUCGAACACGUCCAUGACGCCAUGAUGGUGGUGUCGCCUCCCUUCCAGAAGCAGGACAAAAGUAGUAACCGAUUGCCACGCCCUACCCGGUCACCCUACGCAUCGAGAAGACGAGGACCCUUCCGCCCGCCGUCGUCGUCCUGGUCGCCCCGCCCGGGCAGCGGCCAUUCCUCGGUCUACCCGGGCGAUUAUAACGAACAGAUAGCCGACCUCGCUAUACAGGCAACAGCAGGCAGCAACCGGCCUCUGAAAGACCCUAGCAGGCUUGCUCUGGCCUCCAGUAAUGAUAACAGCUCCGACUACGACACGGACUAUUCCGAGACAGAAAAACAGCGUAGCGAGGACAACACGAUUCCUAAAGACAUCCCAGAUCUUCAACUCAAGCCAGAUAGUGUAGAAUUGGAGGACAUCGAGCGGUUCUUUGAUGAUUAUGAUAGUGAUGAUAGCAAAGAGGGCGAGUCAGGUGUGUUUCCCUUCCCGGACUUCUUGCCUAAACCGUUCAAUGAGUGGGACCUGCAGGAACUGGCCCUGUUGUCCAACAAGAACUGGAAAGACGCUGUCAGAGUCAAACCCAAAGGACAGUACCUGGAUAUAAUUGAGCGGUUGAUGGAGUUUGAGCGGCUCCAGUUGCAGACGAUACAAUGGGAGAUGGAAAAAAGCCGGCCUUCUUCCCGCGCAGCGUCAAGGUCGGGCGCCAGUAGGGAACGUACUGCGGCGUUAGCGAAGCCUAAAGCCGGGCAGGGCAAACCCUGCCACCCCGACUGUGUACAGCCGAUGUGUGCGGGGAACUGCGUCCAGAAAAGGGUGCCGUCAGGGCGGCUCUGUAUCCACUGUCGCCAACGAUACUGCACAGGGACUUGUAAAGAACAUUGCUACGACAGCCACCAACGGCAGCCACCGAGAGAGGAGGACAACAAAGGGUCCCCAUCACGGAUCACCAGGCCCAAAUCUUGCACACCUUGCCAUUCCAAACAGAGAUCGAAUGCUACUGUGAUAAAUGAGAACAACGCCGUCCUAGGUCGACCCAAAUCCAGCAAUACAACCUUCAGUAGAGGGCAGUCGUCUGUUCCCAGCAAACCAAUCCGCGAGCACACGUAUGGUAGCAAGUCAAAAUCAAAUGAUGCACACAAACAUGACAAGACUGCUGCACGACCCCCCACGGGAAGGCGCACCCCAGGGGGACGGGAAAAAGUUAUGCCGGGCAAAAGUUUCUCAUCGCAAAGGAGACAUUCGCUGACAGACCUGACAGCAACUACUCGCGACAAACAAUCGACCAAUGGCAAUGGCACAGCCAAACGAAAAAGGCCCAAAACGGCAAAGAAAACAAGCAAAACCUGAGAGCAUAUGAUGUAAGUUAGAACAAAUCCUAAGUCUGAACAUGCGUCGCUACGACUACAUGUUUUUGCCAAUGAGUGUGAAGGUAGCUAAUGAUAUCGAUCUACAUGUCCAACACCUUAUGAAAGUUGCACCUAGGACAUAUGCCGACAUGAAUUUUUUACUGCGCCAUCACUACACAUCAAAUGUAUAAAACUGGCUAGGUAUGGGCUACACCAGUCUGUGAUAGUCUAGUAGUAUAGCCUCUAGAAAAAGCAUCAUGCUGCUAGAAAACGCUGAGGAUGACUAACGACGAGGACAGACAUAUUGGUGCCAACCAUUGAAUAUAGUACAUGUAAUAGAAGUUAAGUUAUCCUACGUACGUAUCUUAUGGUCUAGAUAGGUAGAUCGAACGAUCAUAGCCCUAUCUAACUAGGAUAUUGCUAAAGUUCCAUGACAAUUGUGUGCUUACAGAAUAUUUAACUUUAACUUGCGAAGAGGUGCGUUUGCGGCCGGUCACAACUCAUCCGGAACCGAUUGCAAUUAUGGUGAAACAACGGUCUCACUAGAGCGCAAACCAUGACAACGAACAUCAUGCAGAUUUCGAGAUUGAAAUCUGAUGUAUACUUUGAAAUAGCAGAAUCGGGAUUCAAGUCUUCUUUGUCGAUUUGGUGGUUGUCCCCCGUGCGGUUGUUCCAAGAAUGCCCAUUGGGAUCCAUUUGUAAUGUUGCAUUGUUAUGUCUUCAAUGUUAUCCUAAGUAUACAGUGAAAUAAAG